AUGAUGGAAACAGAUAACCUAUAUCGUUUUGAAGGUUCAGACGAUGCCAGCGAUACGAACGGGGCCCCAAUCCUAGAAGUGCCUCAUAGAAAAAUAGUUGCUAUAGAGCAUCCUUGCGUUAUCCUUAAUCUCGACAAAGGGCUCGCUACAUUUGGCCAGGAGCCUGACUUCCAGAAACUCCUUGUUGACAGGGCAGAGCCGAGUUCAGUCCCCUUGUGGUUUCGGCCUGACAAUCCUACGUCAAAGCCUAUUGUGUCGCAUCAUACGGCUACCAAUAAUGUCCUGCUCAAGAUAACCGUUCCCAAGAGGACGGGAAGGAAACGGAAACGUGGGAGCAACGACCCAUUCACGGGUGAAAUCAAUGUCACGAAUGGGACAGCCACCACUCCUGAAGCUGACCAAGUCAGCUCAGUAGGCCGAUAUGACGCCCCUGGGUCUAUCCUCCGAAAAAUGCAGGAUAGCGUCGAUGAUUAUUCUGUGGAAGCUGUUGGAAAUGUCAGGGUCACCCACAGAUAUCGAGGCUUAGCAGAUUUCCAAUUCGCCAACACGGAGUCUUCAUUCUUAACAAAGACGGCAGAGCAUCUACUACCAAUGAAAGUCUCGAAACUGCGGGAAAUCAAGUUUACCCCAGGCGUAGCGACGGGUCCUAACCAGGAGAUAAUACCUCCGCCGCAUUUUACAGACAAACUCCUUGGGUUUAACUACAAUUAUGAGCAGAAUCCAAACACCAAGGUAGAGGGAGAUGAGGUAGGGAAGCCGCAACUGAUUAAUGUUCAGGGCAGGAAAUUGCACUCGUUCGGCUACUUUAUCAAUCACGGCGAAUAUCCCGUGCCGCAAAAGGCCCGCCAGGAGCCGGAAUUGAAGAUACCGGACGGGCUGAUGAACCAAUUGGAAAAACUGAUGGAAGAAAGACCUAUAUGGACACGUCGUGCCAUUCUGAAUCGUAUAACAGGCGAUUAUUCGGACUCGCUCAUGCGAAUUGCCCUCCAGCUCAUUGGCUAUCAAUUCAGGGGUGGGCCAUGGCGAGACGCUUUUGUGAAAUACGGCGUGGAUCCGCGUUCAGAUCCCAAGUUUCGGGCUUACCAAACCUUGGCCUUCAAAUUGGAGAGGAAUAUUGUUGGAACGAAAAAGAUGACUUGGGAGGCAAUUAGAAAAGGCCAAUUCAAAUCGCGCGCGAGGGGGAAAGAUCGCGACAGUCAUAUUUGGAACGGGGAUAACUAUUCCACCGACGGCAAGUUCUGGCAGGUCUGCGAUAUCGUAGACCCAUUCGUACGCGACAUCAUUGAGAAGGCGCCUUUGCGGCCGGAGUGUGACCUAAAAGAUUCUGGAUGGUUUUACAAAGGCACGUGGGCCAAGGUCAAGAUGAUCAUGAAGGUGAAGAUGAUAGCCAUCAAGAAGGGACGUAUGGGUUCAGAUAAGGACAACCCACAGAGGCCAGGGUUCCUUUACAAUUCCUUCCUCGAAGAAAGGAUACAGCAGUGGCCGGACAAAUCUGACAAAUCCUUUGGCCUAACACUCGAACCGUUUUUACGUCCUAUAGAGGAAGAGGACAAAAGAUACUACAGACGUCGCGGCGGAAGAAAGAAGAAGCAAAGGCUCGAUGAGCCCAUCACGGCAGAGAAGCCGUCAAGUCAGGGUGGUGAGGGCGGUGAUGAACCGGGCAGUUGGGAUUCGGAUGGCAUGAUAGACGAGAACGGUGAGGCACCAGGUAAUGAGGAGGAUAUUCCUUCCUUGCCAGACCGUUCCUGGGAUGAUGAUGUUUUAGAAGGUGAUAUAGACAUUGACGACGGGGACGAAGAUAUUGAUGAAUAUGAAGAAGAAUACUACGAAAACGAUGAAGGAGAGGAAGAGGAAUACGGAGGUGAAGAUGAUGAUGGGGUAGUAGGUGAUAACUUUAUAGAAGGCACCUAUGACUAG